AUACCCAUCUACGAAUCAGUGGAUUUGUCUGAAUGAGGGUUAAAUCGGGUUUGGUAGAUCGAAAAGGGCAGGAUAUUUGCGAAUUGCCAAGGGAGAAGUCCAACAAGAACAAGAAAAACCGGAAACGUAAUAAGAAAUCAAUGGCAAACGUUGUCCAGAAGCUUUUUGAGACUUGCAAGGAAGUGUUCGCCACCGGUGGUGCUGGGGUUGUUCCAUCCCCUGGUGAUAUCGAACGUCUCCGCUCGGAACUUGAUGGCAUGAAACCAGAGGAUGUUGGCUUGAGUGAAGACAUGCCUUGGUUUAGGACGAGUGACUGUGAAGGCACCCCUCCAAUAACAUACCUACACCUCUAUGAGUGUGACAGAUUCUCGAUUGGGAUAUUCUGUUUGCCGAAAUCUGGUGUUAUUCCUCUUCAUAAUCAUCCAGGCAUGACUGUUUUCAGUAAGCUCCUCUUUGGGUCUAUGCACAUCAAAUCAUACGACUGGGUAACUGAUGUCUCCCACAACACAAGUGAGAAUCUCAAUCCUUCUCAUUUCCAGUGUUCUUCUGGGAUCCGAUUGGUAAAGAUAAAGAAUGACUCAAUCUUUACUGUGCCAUGCAACACAUCCAUACUUUACCCAGCUGCAGGAGGAAACAUGCACUGUUUCACUGCGGUAACAUCGUGUGCUGUGCUGGAUGUGCUGGGCCCACCGUAUUCUGAUGCUGAAGGCCGGCACUGUCAAUACUAUAGAGAUUUCCCUUAUGCCAACUUCUCAGGUGAUACUGAUUUGGUACCUGAAGAUGAAAGGGAAGGAUACGAAUGGCUUCAAGAGAGAGAAAAACCUGAGGACUUUGUCGUUAUGGGAGCUUUGUAUAGAGGCCCCAAAAUUGUGGAGAACUGAUUAUACUUUCUGCGUCUUCAUUUUCUUCCCCAUCUUUCUUCUUGCUACCU